UUGAAAAUGAGGUUUCAUAUGUUAUUUCCACAUACUUGAUCUAUGAUUGAAGUUCCAUGAAGUUGGUUCAAUGCAGAAAUGUCAGAUAUGUUAGCUUUAGGUCAACUCAAGGUUAUCUGCUUUGAAUCUCUAAUUUGUAGAUGACCUUCUUACCUGUGAUAAAUCCUCUAAUUGGAAGUCCUUCUUUCCCUUUGCUCUUGUGUGCUUGUGAAGAACAGUUAAUUAUACAUCACCAAAGCUCGUGAUCUUGCACAUGAACAUGGCACUUCAUGUGUAUGAAGACAUUAUGAGGAUGACUGAGAACUUGAGCGAAAAGUAUAUAAUCGGUUAUGGUGCAUCAAGUACAGUGUAUAAAUGUGUUCUUAAGAAUUGCAGGCCUGUGGCUAUUAAGAAGCUGUACUCUCACUACCCCCAAUGCCUAAAGGAAUUUGAGACAGAGCUUGAGACAGUCGGUAGCAUCAAGCAUCGUAACCUUGUCAGCCUCCAAGGAUAUUCUCUCUCCCCAUCAGGGAAUCUUCUCUUUUAUGACUACAUGGAAAAUGGUAGCCUCUGGGAUCUCCUUCAUGGUCCUACAAAAAGGAAAAAGCUUGAGUGGGACACCCGUCUUUGUAUAGCACUGGGAACAGCCCAAGGGCUUGCAUAUCUUCAUCACGAUUGCAGCCCCCGCAUUAUCCAUAGGGAUGUCAAGUCAUCAAACAUUCUAUUGGACAAAGAUUUUGAGGCCCACCUCACUGACUUUGGCAUUGCAAAGAGUUUAUGCAUAUCAAAGUCUCAUACUUCUACCUUCAUAAUGGGUACCAUUGGUUAUAUAGAUCCUGAGUAUGCCCGUACUUCCCGGCUCACUGAAAAGUCUGAUGUCUACAGCUAUGGGAUUGUUCUACUCGAAUUGCUGACCGGAAGAAAAGCAGUCGAUAAUGAAUGCAACCUCCAUCAUCUGAUCUUGUCCAAGACAGCAAACAACACGGUUAUGGAAGCUGUUGAUCCUGAAAUCUCUGCCACAUGUAAGGACCUUGGAGAAGUAAAGAAGGUUUUCCAGCUUGCUCUCCUAUGCACCAAGAGGCAGCCAUCAGAGCGGCCAACUAUGCAUGAAGUUACACGUGUCCUCGGAAGCCUUGUGCCGUCACCCAUUCCUAAACAAUCAAUCCCAGUCCCUCCUUCACCACUCCUAUCCGCUAAAGUCCCCUCCUAUAUGGAUGAGUAUGCAAAUCUCAAGACUCCCCAUUUGGUGAACUGCUCCUCCAUGAGCACCUCAGAUGCUCAACUCUUCCUUAAAUUUGGAGAGGUAAUUUCUCAGAACAGUGAGUAAAUGUGGUUUUGAAGUCUCAGAAUGUGAAAAGAAAAAAACUUCUCAAUAUUGUGUGGGGGAAAUAUCAAGAUUUGGAAAUUGUGUAUAAAGAUCUAGUACCAAUUAUUGUAACCAGGAAGGUGAAAAAGGUGGACAGGCUUUUACUAACAAAAUUUCAAGUGUAGUAUCCAAUUCAUGUGACUCUUCUGUACUGUGUAUUAAAUUAUGGUAAUAGUCCUGGCAUCUGGUUUUGGG